AUGCCAUCCCUCCAAGAGAGCAAGCUCGCCUUCAUCGGUGGGGGCAAUAUGGCUUCCGCUAUAAUUGGAGGUCUUGUGAGCAAGGGCGUCGACAAACAAAACAUCUGUGUUUCGGAGCCAUGGGACGUCAACCGCGAGAAGGUCGCAGCUAUGGGAGUGAAGACAACCACCUCAAACGUCGAAGCGGGAGGACAAGCGGAUAUCCUCAUCAUCGCGGUCAAGCCACAGACCACCAAGGGCGUGUGCCAGGAGCUCGCUGCCGCCUGGUCGCAGCGUGCCAAUUUGCCCAUCAUUGUUAGCAUUGCCGCGGGAAUUACCUUGCAGAGUUUACAGGAAUGGCUCCGGACAAGCGAUGGAAGAAGCACCCAUAUUGUUCGCGUCAUGCCGAAUACUCCUGCGCUUGUCAGCGAGGGCGCCUCCGGCAUUUUUGCUAGCGAGGAUGUGACAUUGGAGGAGAAGGCGCUUGUGAAUGCGCUUCUUAGUAGCGUCAGCAAGGCGACCGAAUGGGUGGAUAAGGAAGACUUGCUCGAUGUUGUGACUGGACUGUCUGGAUCGGGCCCGGCAUACUUCUUCGCCAUGGUUGAGCAUCUGGUCGCCAGUGCGACAGCUCUAGGCCUAUCAAAGGACCAGGCUACUCGGUUGGCUUCGCAAACAUGCCUUGGAGCUGGCAAGAUGCUUGUCGAGUCGUCGGAUGACCCUACGCAGCUGCGUAAGAACGUGACCAGCCCGAAUGGGACCACACAUGCCGCUCUCCAAACAUUCGAAUCGCUCGGAUUUCAGGGCACUGUGGACAAGGCUGUCAAGGCGGCAACGUCCCGAGCUGCUGAAUUGGGAAACACUCUUGGGAAGCUAUAG